UAACAUAACUUAAAAAGUUUUAGAUUGGUUGGCCAUCACAUACAACAAAAACACCCACCUCCUCCGAAAAAUCACAUCCCCCAUGGAAGACAAAGAGAAGAAGAAACACCAUAAGAAGCAGAAACACCAACACCCAAAUGAUCAAACCACCAAACCAUCAUCAGAUUUUUCUUUCAAACCUAGUUCAGAAGUGAAGGGUCUUCGUUUUGGAGGCCAGUUCAUUGUAAAAUCUUUCACAAUCCGGCGAGCAAGGCCACUCGAGCUUCUAAAAGUCCUCUCGUAUCCACCAACAAAUAAGAACAGCGACAACAAUAAGACCCCUUUCCCUUCAACAACAGCUUUUCUGCCUACAAACUUCACCAUCUUAGCACACCAUGCUUGGCAUACCUUAACACUUGGUCUUGGUACCAAGAAAUCCAAAGUACUGUUAUUUGUCUUCGAAUCCGAGUCCAUGAAGAUGGCUGUUGACAGAAUAUGGCCGCCAGAGAUACCACUUGGAGAAGUAAACAAGAAACUUAUCAGAGGCCUGAAUGGUUGUGAAAUGGCAAGAUUUAAGUUCAGAAAAGGAUGCAUUACUUUUUAUGUAUAUGCAGUGAGGCGUGUAGGAAACAUGGGAUUCUCUUGUGCAGAUGAUUUAAAGAUUAUAUUACAGUCCGUGGUUGCACUCAAUGAUUUCUUGGAUCACACUGCUAUGCUUGCCAUGCCUCACCAAAGAAGCAUCAACUAUGCAUCACCCCAGGUCGCCAUGGCUCACUAGAAACUGCACUGAGCCGCGGAUUACAGAUGAAUCAUGCCGAUCCAUAGCUAUAUAUGUAAUUGUCAUCAGCAGCGCGGCAGCCUCAGUCAAUCCAAAAUUUCCCCUCUCCAAAGACUCAACAGUCUUUUCUUGUAAAUUGUGUUCAAGUUCAAUUUGUAAGAACUUAGAUCCAACCCGAGAACCCAAAUGUCGAAGUGAUACUUGCAGUCCUUCAAUUGUUCUUGAAGUUAGAACUUACUGUUCCAGUGCCACUAUUUAACUACCUUCACAUUUUGUCAUUUUACCAUAAUGUCAAAAA